AUGAGCCUCAGUCGCUCCCAGGCGGCGCUGGAGGCCAAGCGGUCGCCGAAGAGCCGGCAGGAGGUGGCGGUGGGGCCGGACCCCGAGCCCGAGUCGGAGGCGCUGGACGCGGCAAGCCCCGCGUCCCGGGAGCCUGCGGCGUUGGCUCAGGGACAGGAAUGGCCAGAGAGCUCACCUUCGGGGCAGGCCUCGGAGCAGGCCUCGGAGCAACGACCGUCGAUCGAGCUGGAGAACCAGCCGACGCUGCAGGAUGAGCCGUCGCGGGAGUCAGGGAAGAGAGACCUGUCCCUGGGGGAGCCGGAAAUCCAGACGCCCCACACCUUCGGGCAGCUGGGCUGGGUGGCGGGUGAGCACCCCUGGCUCUUCCUGCUGGUGCCUGUGCUGCUGACGCUCGGCAGCGUGGCGCUCGGCAGCGGCCUGCUCUACCUGCCAGGGGAUGAAAAGGAAGACCUCGAGGAGCAGUACACCCCGAAGGGCCCCGCCAAGGCCGAGUGGUGGUUUGUGCAGGCUCACUUCACCACCAAUGACUCCUACUGCUUCUCCGCCACCAGGAGGAGCGCCGAGGCCAGUUUCGCCUCCAUCCUGGUGGUCGGCACGGCCGACUGGCUGCUGGAGGAAGCCACCUUUACAGAAGUGAGUAAACUGGAUGACACAGUGCAGUCUCUGUCUGUGGGACAGGUUAAUGGCACCCAGAUCCCGUACACACAGGUGUGCAUCAAGUACAAGGACCUCUGCGUGCCCCCCCAACCUCUCCUGUACACUUGGCAGAAGAACAGGAGGCUCGACCUGAGAAACGUCACCUUCCCCAUCUUCCACCACGAAGGCCACCCCAUCUACCUGACAGGCUUCUUCAGAGGAAACACCCUGGGGAAGAGCCUGAACCAAUUCAACAACAUUAAGAACCGUCUGAACUUGAAGAAAAUCAAGGUGGUCCGCUUUACAUCACUUUCUAGACAACUGGAAUUUGUGGCAACUUCUAAGACAGUGAUCCCUUUGUUUCACUUGGCAUACAUUCCAAUCACACUGUUUUCAAUCACAUCAUGCUACAGGUUGGACUGUGUACGAAACAAAAUAUGGGUUGCAGUCUUUGGAGUGAUUUCUGCUUUCUUGGCAGUGGUGAGUGGCUUUGGCCUGCUGUUGCACAUCGGGGUGCCAUUUGUGAUCACAGUUGCAAAUUCGCCAUUUCUUAUUCUAGGUGUUGGAGUCGAUGAGUUUAUCAUGAUUUCUACCUGGCAGAAGACCAGCCUCGUGGAAAGCAUACGACGGCGGAUGUCCAAUGUCUAUUCAAAGGUGGCAGUGUCCAUUACAAUCACCUCCAUCACCAACAUCCUGGCCUUCUAUACAGGGGUUAUGAGCUCUUUCAGGUCCGUACAAUACUUUUGCAUCUAUACAGGAACAACCCUGUUCUUUUGUUAUAUUUAUAACAUCACUUGUUUUGGAGGAUUUAUGGCCCUGGAUGGUAAAAGAGUAGUAGUCUGCCUACGCCAGUUGAAAAAGCCAGAGACUCCUGACCAAAAAGAUUCCUUAUUGAAAAAGUUCUUUCCCAUUGGUUCUACUGUAGAUGAACAGGGAACUGAUGUCCAUCCAAUGAAUAUAUUCUUUAGAGACUAUUUUGGUCCUUUUCUCACAAAUACUCGGUCCAAGUUUUUUGUAGUGAUGAUAUACAUUUUGUACCUUGUCAGUAGUAUAUACGGGUGUUUCCGAGUGCAGGAAGGUUUAGACCUUCGAAAUCUGGCAAGUGACGAUUCCUACAUUACACCAUAUUUUAAUAUAGAGGAAGAGUAUUUUUCAGACUAUGGUCCCAGGGUUAUGGUUGUCAUUACUAAAAGUAUUGACUACUGGGAUGAAGAAGUUAGGCAAAAACUGGAAAAAUGUAUAAAAGAUUUUGAAAAAAAUGACUAUGUAGAUGCAAAUCUUACGGAGUUUUGGUUACAAGCGUAUGUGCAAUAUAUGAAACGUAGCGGACAAGAUCCUAAUGAUAAGAAUGCUUUUAUGAAUGGUAUUUCUGGUUUUGAAAACUAUUUUCCAGCUUUUAUUCAUGAUAUUAAUAUUUCAUCAUCAAAUGAAAUCAUUUCUUCCCAGGGCUUCAUUCAGACUGUGCAUGUUUCUUCCUCAAUCAGUAAGAAGACAAUGUUAUUCCAAUUAUGAAGCAUAGCCGAAAAGUGUGAAAUUCCCCUACUAGUGUAUAACCCGGCAUUCAUAUAUUUUGAUCAGUUUGCCGCAGUAUUAGAAAAUACUGUUCGAAAUGUCAUGGUUGCAUCAGCA